GGAAGAGAUUCACUUUUUUGUGUUGAACAAUUGUGAUGAAGUGAAACCGUUUAUCGCUGAUUACCAUGGAGAAGUUGCAAAUACAACACUGAUGACAUCAAUCCAGAAAAAGAAAUUUAUUCUGUGGUUUAGAGAGCGAGUUGAGAUGCCGCUGAAUGAGUAUGAGCAGCAAAGACUCAAGAAUAUUGAAUCUAAUAAGUUCAAAAUGAAGUCUUUGGGUAUCAAACGUAUUGUUGCUUCAAUGAGUAGUCUGGUUGAUAACACCAGCGAAAAGAGAAGAAAACUGAAACCUAAGCAGCGCUUUAAGGAAAAUGGUGAUUAUGUUCUCGGUGAUAAUUAUGAAGCUACAAAUUCUGCUGCGAGAAAGACCCAAAGUGUACCAGUGAAAGAGAGGGCAAAAAAACGAAACUUCAUUCCACCAGCGUCACUUGCAAGGAUGUUUAGAAUGAACAAAAAACAGCAAGCAAUAGUAUCCACUGCUAUUAAAGGUGUUCAACAAGGCAUUAGUAGUGCAGAACAAGUAGAAGGGGAUCAAGACAACAUUGCUUCUGAUGAGGGUAUGCAAUUCAUUUUUAAUUUUCAAUCGAUGACCACUGCUAUUAUAUUUACUAUAAACGAAGUAUUUACUAUAUAUUUAUUGGAGAGUCAAUGUUGUAGAUAUGGAGGAGCAAUAUAAUACGAACAAUGAAGAUUCUGAUACAGAUAAAGAUGAAGAAGAAGAUAAUACCAGUCUAAUUAAGAGGACUAGCUAUGACAUGGAUCUACCUGAUGCUAAUAACAUAGGAGGAACAGUUAUUUCUCAAGUUCAUCGGAAGAAAAAAGUGUACAAAACUAAAACUCCUAGAGGUCCUACGCGGAAUCUUUAUAUGGCUAGAAUGAGACCGGGUGAGAGGAAAAGGGUAGAUUUUAACAUAAAGGGCCAACCUGUCGGUGUGAAUAGAGCUAGCUUGGCAAACUAUUGUGGUGCCCUUGUCCGAGAUCCUCUAAAUGCACCCCUUUAUAAUGUGAAAGACUUUUCAGAAAUCCCCAAAACGAAUAAAGACAGAAUGUGGCAGCUUAUUCUGGAAAAAUUUGAUAUUGGUCUUGAUGAUGUUGAAGAUGAAGAGCAUCGUGAAAAGUUAGAAAAAGAGCGACACAAAACUCUGAUGCGAUCAUUGAAUAAGAAAUACAGAAAUUAUAGAGCAAGGUUGAAAAGUACUUAUUAUGACACAGAAGAAACAGAUGCUGAACGAUUAAAAAAAGAGAAUAAGCCACCUCGUGUUGAGGAAAAAGACUGGAAGUGGCUUGUCCAGUACUUUGGGUCUCCUGACUUUCAGAAAAUGAGUAAACGAAAUCGUGAUAACCGUUCAUACUUAGAUGCUGGACACACUGCUGGUUCAAAGAGUUUUGCUCAAGUGGUAGAAGAGAUGUUUGAAACUGACCAUGUAAUGCCGGGCAUGCUGCAAGUGUACAAGAAGACUCAUACUAGACGUGAUGAAACCCCGGUGACUAAUGUUGCAAAGGAAACUAUGUCACAAAUGGAGAAACUUGUAGAGCAACGUGAGAUAGGAGAAAUUAAUAUGACUGAUGAAGAAAUUUAUAAAACAGUCAAACGUAAAGGUAAAUCUGGGCGUGAUCGUGGCAUGGGAGUAAGUCCUUCUAUUACAUCACUGUUGGGAUCUAUUAGCGAAGGGGAGAAGUUGCGUAAAGAAGCCGAAGAGGCCAAGAAGCAGGCGAGUGAGGCUAAGAAAGAAGCAAAUGAAGCUAAUGAGAAAAAUAAAAUGCUGACUAAGGAGGUGAACAAUUUUAAAAAUGAAGUCCGAGUUAUGAAAGGUGUUAUGGAAAAAUUCUUCAACCUUAUGGGCAGUGAUUUUUCUAAGUUGAUUGCGAAAGAGGUUGGCAAGAAGCAUACUAAAGAGAGAAGCGAUGAUGGUUAUGAUGAUGAUGAGCAUGAUGGUUAUGAUGAUGAUGAGCAUGAUGAUGAUGACGAUGAUGAUGAGCAUGAUAGUUAUGAUGAUGAUGAUGAUAAUGAUGAUGAUGAGGAGGAGGAGGAGGAACAUGAUGAUUAUGAAUGAUCUCUCUAGGUUAAUGUGUUGUCAUUAAACUUUUAGAUCUAUGUUGUUUCAUCUUCAUUUUGUAUUAGAUCCAGUUAGUUUUGCUUCACACGGAUUUGAGAUAGAUUAGAUUGAACAAAUAGUUUAUGUAGUUAAGACAUUCGGUUAUUAAAUGAAUAUUCAUAUUGAUAUUCUGUGUUACAUUGUCAUGGAAGCAUUUGUUUAU